UUAACUGAUGCAUCACAGGGGAAAGCUUUUGCCAACAAAGGUACCUCGAGUUGGCUAUCUUGUGGAAUGCUGGUACUCUAAUGAGUAUUCCUGAAGGAAUAACAUUUGGGGAAGUUGUGGCUUCUUCAGCAUUGCUGAAUUGCUAUGGUCACAUGAUCCUCAUUCUCCAUUGCAUUUUGUACACUUUUUGAAAUCUUUCAAUAGUUUAUAUUUUCUAAGUGAGACGGUAGGAUGUACCAUCCAUAAAAAUUAUCCACUUCAUAAAAAUUAAUGUUAGCAUUUGGGGAGGAGAUAUUAAUGCUAGUCAUUUAACUAUAUGCUAUUUCUUUUCUAGAAGCCAACAGUAUAUAGUGCUUAAAACUUUUGAAAUACUAUCGCAUCAAUUUUGUCAUUUGAUUAAAUUCUAUGUACAGUGUUCAAACAAUACACAAAAUGCAGUGUUUCUCUGUUUAAAAUAUUGUUUUUGAAGAUUGUAAACUGUGCCAUUUUAUGAACAAUUCAGAAACGAAGUCAGUUCAGUACUUGGAGAUAUGUUUCAUCUUGUACUUCCUAGCACAAAAUGGAAAUGAAAGGUUCUUCUGUGGUUACUGAUAUUAUUCCUAUCAUAACUGAUAUUACUUUCACAAUACUGUGAGAAAAUAUCUGCCUUUCUGAAUUUCAAACUUCUGUAUCUUAUUGCUUUAUAAAGCCAUCCUUUUUCUGGGAUAUAAUGGAGUGAAAUAAGAAAGAAGUGGAUCGAAACAAGCAACAGAGCCUGUAUUCAACUAAAAUCCUUAAUUGUUUGAGAGGAGGAGAGCAAGGACUGUUCACUGAGAGAAAAAGCCAUAUAAAUGGUAGCAUUGGAUGCCAAGCUGUGACAAAUGAGAAGAGAGUACGAUUACAGUUCUGGAUAAACCCACAUCUGAUCUAGUUGUCUCUAAAAGAUGAUGUAAUGUACAUAUUUGGCAUUCAUUAUCUCAGUGGCAUAAAUCCUGUUGCUUAAAGAAAGAAAUUAACUAUUUUUUAAUGAAUUUAACGUAAUCAUACUGGACCAAUUAAUUCUGGGCUGGGAACUAGAUAGCUUGUGUCAUAUAAAAAGAAUUCAGAGAUUGCAGGAGCAUAUUGGUACAAAUUUAAAACUGCAAAUGGGCAGUAACUCCUCCUUUUGAAAAAUCAAACGACUAAGAAUUUUAGUUCUUAAACUAAAGAAUUAAACUAAAACUAAAAUUAAGAAUUUUAGGCUCUGUUGCUUCUUUCAAUCCACUUAAAUGAGGAUUUAAAAGUUCUUUUUCAGACUAUUUCCUCACUAGAUAAUUAUACUGUACUGUCACAACUAUUGUAGCACAGAUGGUCUCCAUUAGUGCUAUAUCCCCUUAACAAUACUGCACUGUAGUUGUAUAAUGUUACUGUGUAUUCAUUAGUAAGAAUCUGGAGGAGCAUUUUCAAUUUUGCAUUUGACACAAUCCAAUUUCACUGAUUCAUCAAAACAGCUAAAGACUUCUCAGAAUCUGCAAACUAGAUUCUACAAGUUCCUGAAUCAGAAACAAUUUCAGCAAGAUUGGACAGAAGAAUUUUUUGAUCCAUUUCACUAAAAAAAACAAAUAAUAAAUCCAAGAAUGAAGAAGACAUCACUAGAAGAGUUUUGAAUGAAAGCACACAAACAACAACCAAAGAGGGCACUGAGGUCUUUCCUUCAACAUACAUUUUGUGAAAGAUUAAUUGAAUUCACUACAAUUAAAAUACUGAAAUACAGUUGCUUCAAUUACUGUCUUAAUAUGGGCCUGGCCAUGGAUAUGAUAUCGUCACAUGUAUUUAAGUCUCAUUAAGAUUUAUAAUUAGUGUAUUUUAACACAUUGGUCCAAGACUGGGAGACCCAGGGUGAUUUGAGCUAAUCAUUCCAGACUUUCCUACCUCCGCAAGACAGUUUGCUAUUCAGAAUAAAAUAAAGGAAAAUCUCAAUACAGGACAACCUGAGUUGCUGAAGAAAAGGUGGGAUAACAUUAUUAAAAAGUGAAGAUGCCCUGCAGCUUUACUGCUGGUGACCAGUGGAUACAUCCAGGGCGUUCCUUCUCCAGGAUGUUCCUCAGCUUCCCCAUCAAAUCAACCUCUGAUUCCCUGUUAGUCUUCCUUUCCUGUCCAAACUAGACUGCAUGUAUCACAACCAUGACAUGGAUGAUUGGGUAUCUCCACAGACAUUUGAGCUGCAUCUAGUUACCUUCUCUUAUCCCCACCUGCUGCUUAAUGAAAAUAUGCCGUAUUUCAAUAUUCAUUCCUCCCGUUUUAGAAAGAAGUAGUCCUUGGUGUCCCUGAUUUUUUUUUAAUUUUGUUUGAGUUCGAGACAUGCUGUUUUAAGACUCUCAAGGGCUUGGGCAUCCUCCGAGAUCACGUGAACGUGGGAAAGAGCCUCCGUUCACAUCCCAGACAGCUGUGGCCGUCGCCGAGGAGAGGCCGCCGUGAGAGACGCAGCUUGCUUGGACGCCGAUCCUCCCGGCUGAAACAGCCUCGGACUAUCCGGCGCGGCUUUCUUUCCCUCGCAGGGCUUCGCAUUCCCCAGGGACCCCAGGCCGGUGGAGAAGCCGCCCGGCCCAGUCCUCUCCAGGCCUCCCCAUUGCGCUCCCCCAGCAGCGCGGCUUGCCUUCCGGAGGGCCGAGCCACCCCGCGCUGGCCCCUCCUUCCGCAGCUGCCAUCGGGGCUCCCUGCCUGUCUACCGGCCUGCCUGCCUGCCUGCCUUCUUUCCUCGCGAGGGAAGGAGGAUCCGGGUCGCGGCCGGAAAAACUCCGGAGAGACGGCAACUGGGAAGUCGGCGAGGUGCCACUGGACCCUUCGCUCGCCUUGCGCGAAGGAGGCGCGCUUUUCCCAUCGCGGUCGGGGUUGGACAGUUUUGGCGCGUCCCGGUGAUUUGAGGACAAAUCCCUUUCAUUCACUGAAUGGAUUAUUAAGCAAACCACAAUUUUGGCUCCCCAGUUUUGGCUCUGGCACUGGAGAAAAAUAACAGGUUUUUCCCACUGCCAUGUUAAUACUGCUUGCAUUGGGAGCUGUUUUUCCAAAAAUAGUAGCCAGGGGACCGGAUGAAAAUCUUCACAAUGGCAGCAAUGUUUUGCAAGAACCAAGGUAUCCUUAUGAAACCAUCAUGUUGCCAGAAGAACAUAUCCCAUAUUUUUUACACAAUAAUCCAGGCAUUGCCACUGCUUGCAGGCAAGAUCCUCUUUGCCCAUAUAAAAAACAUUUGAAGAAAUUGAAAGCUUGUUGGGGUUAUGAGAAAUCAUGCAAACCAGAAAACAGGUUUGGAUAUCCAACAUGUGAUUAUGUUGAAAUUGGAUGGGCGAAUACUAUUGAGCAGGCCCAGGUUAUUUUCUGGAAGCAAGCGGAUUUCGGUUAUGUUAAAGAAAGGAUGAAAGAUAUGAAGACUCAUUGCAAGCCUAAGAAUGGGGGAGAUUCUUCACUUGAAUGUUCUCGUUACCUUCAGUAUUGCAAAGCAACACAUUUAUAUAUUGAUUUAAGGCAUCCAGAGAGAGACCAUGAUAGAUUUAAUGAAGAUUUCUUCAAGAAGGGUCAAAUAGGUGGCCAUUGCAAUAUGAAUACUAAAGCUUUCCUUGCUGAAGGGCAGCAAAAGAGUCCUUUGCAAUCUUGGUUUGCGGAGCUCCAGACAUACACAGAGAUGAGCUCCAGACCAUUGGAAGAUGGCAGCUGUGAGGUCAUUGUUGAGAAACCAACUUAUUUCAUGAAGCUUGAUGCAGGUGUCAAUAUGUACCAUCAUUUUUGUGACUUUGUAAAUCUUUACAUCACUCAGCAUGUUACCAACACUUUCGGCACUGAUAUCAACAUUGUUAUGUGGGAUACUAGUACAUAUGGAUAUGGAGAUUUGUUCAGUGAAACAUGGAAGGCAUUUACCGACUAUGAAAUAAUACAUUUGAAAUCGUAUGAUUCAAAAAGAGUCUGCUUCAAAGAAGCAGUUUUUACACUAUUGCCUCGAAUGAGGUUUGGCUUGUUUUAUAAUACACCAUUGAUUUCCGGCUGUCAUGGGACAGGAUUAUUCAGAGCCUUUUCCCAACAUGUGUUGCACAGAUUAAAUAUCACCCAAGAUGGGCCUAAGGAUGGGAAAAUCAGAGUUACAAUACUUGCCCGGAGUACAGAGUAUAGAAAGAUAUUAAACCAGAAUGAGCUUGCCAAUGCUUUGAAAACACUGCCAUUAUUUCAUGUCCAAAUAGUGAAUUACAAGUACAAGGAGCUCGAAUUUAAGGAGCAGCUGAAAAUAACCCACAAUUCUGAUAUCUUUAUUGGAAUGCAUGGAGCAGGCCUUACUCAUCUUCUUUUUUUGCCAGAUUGGGCUGUCAUCUUUGAACUGUACAAUUGUAAAGAUGAACGUUGCUACUUAGACCUUGCAAGACUGAGAGGUAUCCAUUACAUCACCUGGCAGCAAAAGGAUAAAGUGUUCCCUCAGGAUGAGGGGCAUCACCCGACAUUAGGAAAACAUCCAAAAUUUACAAAUUACGCCUUUGAUGUGGAAGAAUUUGUCCGUCUGGUUCUGUUGGCAGCUGAUCAUGUGUCACAACACUCCAAAUGGCCAUUUAGGAGAAAACAUGAUGAAUUCUAGGUCAAAUAAUUGGCCUCCUUUGCAGAAUGUCGGCUCUUUUGAAGUAGAAUCAUGAAUUAUGAACUUGUUUGAAGAGGGAGAAGGGAAAAAGGUUAAACAGGCAGGAGUCAUAUAUAAUGUCUCCCUCCAAGCAUAUUGUUUCUGUAUUAUUACUUUCUUACUGACAAUCCCUGUCCUAAUUUACUUGAGGAAUUUGCAUUAUGCAUGAUCUAUUUAUUAAAGUGACCAUGUUUGCACUAUAAUCUUCCUAUUUAUUUUAGGAUUGUCAGCCUCUUUGCUCCAGAGCAGUGGAGUGAAAGAUAAGCACACUGGACCUUUUUUCUUCUACUUCUUUUUGUGACCUGUAACAAGACCUUUACAGCCUUGUAUUUCCCUGCCUCCCUCCCUUCCUUAGCACUAACAGUGAUCUGGAAAUGAACAUCCAGCUGACCUGCAUCUAGUCAGUAUUUUUUUGUGUAAUGGAAAAGCUAAGAAAUCAGGUGGAUAAUGCAACUUAUGUGUGACAUGCUUAAAUGUUACACUUUUUUUAAAGUAGCAAAUCAUAGCUAAGAGAAGGAUUUUGGCAUGAAAUUCACAGAGGGCCUCAGUCCUAAUCAGCAGUGUAAUCCAGAUCUGGCACUCUGACUUCAUUUUUAAUUAAAAGAGAAGUAGCUCUCUGAAGAAUGCUUAUCCAUAUUUUUGUUUCCAUUGCUAUAUGCAUUUCACAUUUAGAACUGUCAUUAUACAGGUAAUCCUCAGUUAAUGAUCAUUUAUUCAGCAACCAUUCAAAGUUAAUGCAGUGCUGGAUGAGGAGACUUGUGCCUGAUCCUUAGAGUUAUAGCCACUGUAGCAUCCCCAUGGUCAUGUGAUCAUGAUUCAGGCACUUGGCAACUGGCUCACAAUUACAGUGGUUGCAACAACCUGUGGUCACAUGAUCACUAUUUGCGACUUCCACUGCUAGCUUCCCACAAGCAAAGGCAAUGGGGAAGCCAGUAGGAGGUCAUGAACUGCGAUCGCAUGACAUAAUGUAGGGUUCUUCUAAUGGCAACUAGAGCUGCUGGAACUGUUGUCAUAAAUCAGUGCAGUCAUUGUCACUUUUCCCAAAGAUGCUUUUUCACGAGACAACUGGACUUUCUUGUUCUUCUUUGAAAACAUUUCGCUUCUCAUCCAAGAAGUUUCUUCAGCUCUUGCUGGAUGGUAGGGAAUGAAUUAUAUUCCUUUCCGACAGCUAUUCAUUUGCAUUCUUUUAGCGAGUUGUUAAAGUUACCUGGAGGCUUAUCUGUGUCUUCAGGGACACCUGAGUAGUGCAAAUGGGUGUGGAGCCUUCUUGGAACUGUUGAAAGGAUUGUGUUGUAGA